UGUAAAUAAGCUCUUUUCCUCCUUUACAGCUCGGGCACCGUAGCCAUCAUGAAUGACACGGUAACCAUCCGGACCAGGAAGUUCAUGACAAACCGUCUGCUUCAGAGGAAACAGAUGGUCAUUGAUGUCCUUCAUCCUGGGAAGGCCACAGUACCAAAGACAGAAAUUCGGGAAAAGCUGGCCAAGAUGUACAAAACCACACCAGAUGUCAUCUUUGUAUUUGGAUUCAGAACCCACUUUGGUGGAGGCAAGACAACUGGCUUUGGCAUGAUCUAUGAUUCUUUAGAUUAUGCAAAGAAGAAUGAGCCUAAACACAGACUUGCGAGACAUGGCCUUUAUGAGAAGAAAAAGACCUCCCGCAAACAGCGAAAAGAACAAAAGAACAGAAUGAAGAAGGUCAGGGGGACUGCAAAGGCCAAUGUUGGUGCUGGCAAAAAGCCAAAGGAGUAGUUCUAUGGUGACUUGAUGUUCUGCUGUGAUAUGCAAAUUUCUGAGGGUAAAAUAAACUAAAAAAGCUUCUGCAAAAAAAAAAAGAAAUAUAAAUAAAAA